AAAGUGCUGCCAAAGAGCAAGGAGGUGAAAUAAACCUCGUUGGCGCUUUAAGCGGCACCUGUCGUCCCAGCAUCCUUUGCGCGUCCAACAUGGAGGAACUGGAGGUGGAGGUCCGAGGCUCCAACGGAGCUUAUUACAAGGGCUUAGUGAAAGAUAUUCACAAUGAUUCACUCACCAUUGCUUUUGAGAACAAUUGGCAACCAGAACGCCAAGUGCCCUUCACUGAUGUCAGGAUGCCUCCUCCUGCUGAUGCCCCAAAAGAGAUUAAGGAGGGUGAGGAGGUGGAGAUCCUCUCCAGGGCCAAUGACCAAGAGCCUUGUGGUUGGUGGCUGGCUAAAGUCUGCAUGAUGAAAGGAGAUUUCUAUGUGAUUGAGUAUGCAGCCUGUGAUGCAACCUACAAUGAGAUUGUGACCUUUGAGCGCCUUCGCCCAGUCAACACUAACAAGGCAAUCAUGGAGAAUUACUUUCACAAGUGCAGUAUCCCUGUUCCCCAAGAUCUACAAGAGGCGUGCCAGAAUGAUAAUGCCCAUAAAGAAUUUAAAAGGGCUGUGGAAGCCUGUCAAGUGUCAUACUGUCCUGAGACCAGUGAGCUCAUCAUUGUGUCCACCAAUGAGUCAACAGUGAAGCGUGUGUCUUUGCUGAGUGACAUGCAUCUCCGCAGCCUCAGAACUAAGCUUCUGCUAAUGUCUCGCAACCAGGAAGCCACCAAACACCUUGAGAACUCCAGACACCUGGUGUCGUCCUUCCAGGAGGAAUUUACGGUGAGACCAGAUUUGAUGGGACUGGCCAUUGGUAGCCAUGGCAGUAACAUUCAGCAAGCACGGAAAGUUCCAGGCGUCACCGCUAUUGAUUUGGAUGAAGAAACUGCUACCUUUAGAAUUUAUGGAGAGACAGCGGAAGCAGUGAAAAAGGCAAGGAACUUUCUCGAAUUUCUGGAGGAUUCUGUCCAAGUACCAAGAAGCCUUGUUGGUAUGUAAACACAUAUAUUAUUUUGUAAUUGUCUAUUAGAACUUUGUUUUUGCAAAA